CGCGAAGCACUCGGUAAUAUCUAUUCUCCUCUGUACUGUUCUAGGUAGUCGUGGUAUCGAGCUAAAAACAUACUGCGCAUAAAGACGGACCUUGGAAUGCGGGGUUUUAGCAUGUUUCAGGGCGAGCAUCACCCGGUCGGGGUCAAUCAACAUCCUCGGUUUCGAGAUGUCCAACACGCCAUUGGCAGUCUCUGCUUGCUUUCUGGCGUAGGAAUCAGCAGCCUAUCAUCUUGUGUACUUGUUAGGUGCCAUGACGAACCACUCUUGGUGCUAUGUUUCAUAGUUAUAGGGGCUGUAGGCCAAACUUCAUUGUCAUUAGACGGUGAUCCUGGAGGUGGAGGGUAGUUUUAUCGCCAGACUAUCUGCUGCUAUUAUUGUAUAUUCAGCU